GAAGGGUAUGAUGGCUAUCUAAACUUCCGGUUUUAUUUUGUUAUUCAAGGCUGUUCAACAUUUUCAAUUACUAUCAUGUGGAAAAUGACUUUCUAGCCACAAAACCCUGUUAUUUUUCAAAUAAUUUGAUUGCAGUGUUUCAGUGAAUGGAAACAUAAGUUGUGCAGCGAAUGUCUUCAGACGAGGGAGUACCAUGGGGACUCCCAGUAUCCAAGCCUGGCACCAAGCUGGAGCGAUGUCUGCUAGGCAGACGAGAAAUGCUCUUACCAGAGGCAAUGAUAGAACAGUCCCACGUCUUCAAUGAUGUAGUAAGUAGGGAGACUUGGCAGAACCAGCUGACCAGUGAACAACGGGCACAUCUGCUGACUUUCCUGCCAAGCUUUCCAGAGAAUGACAAGAAGGGGAAAGAAGAAACGCUUGAAGAUCUUUUUGAGGGCGAUAACUUCAAGUUUGGAAAUCCAUUGAAAGACUUCCAUACCAAGCUGAGAGAUGGAUUUUACUCUCCAGACAUAGCCAAGUACACCAACUUAUGUCGAACGGUCAAAUACAGGGAGUAUAAACAUCGACAGCAAACAUACUACUCGAACUUACUCAAGGAAAUCCUUCUCUCGAGACAGAAAGUUUUUGAACAAAUGAAGAAGAUUCCACCAGACGGCCAUGUGACGAUGGAAUACAGCCCUCCCCCACCACCACUCAGGGAACGCACUAUAGAGCACAAAGUCAGGAAAAAAUAUGUCAGGCUGAUGAAUGAGGUGCGGGAGGAGUGCGGUGUGGAGGACACAUCGUCAGAGGAAGACGAGCAUGAUAGUCCUGCCCAGAGAGGUAAAAAGCAAUUGUUUAAAUCCUUGUGUCCCAUUCCUUCACCUGAACCUACCAUCCCAAGCGUGGUUGCCACCUUUUCUGCCAAGCCUACAGUCAAUGGAGAUGUAACAGGAGAAGUUACGCCGCAGUCGAAACGGCAACGGCCAUUCAGUCCUGUUGAAAUAUCAGAAGAAGAUUAUUUACUAAUGUUAAAAAAUCAUAAAAAGAAAAAGCUGGAAUCUGAGGAUCUUAACUUACAGGAGUACCCAGAACUGAAUACACAGAACAUCACUAUGCAAGACAUUAUGGCACGGUGUCAGGCCAGCAGGAAAACACCCAAGACACAACCCACUCCUGAAAAUUCAUCGUUAUCAUUAGCCAAGAAGAAAAAGAUCAGAUUAAAAGAGAAAUCAGACAGAAAGCUGAAGAAAGUUUUGAAGAUGAAACAGGAAAAUGUGAAAAUAAAGACAGAGCCGGGAUAUAAUGAGGACGGGUCAGCCUUGGGGAUGAAUGAUAGCUUUCUCAAGGGCGAGGAUGAGGGGGUCCCAGACUUCCCUCUUCCAGAAACGUGUCCUCCCCGGCUUUCCUUCGGUCAGCACAACAACUUCUUUAGUCUCAUCAAGGAUCUACUCAACGAGUUCCAGGACGGCAAGUUUACCACUGCCAAUCUGGAGGAGAAAGUCCGAGAAUGGCAGGAGGCUCCGACAAGUUCCCUCAACAACUGGUUUAAUCAACAGACAAACUGGGUGGACAUUGUCAUGUCUGCACUCAAGUUCUUGGCAGGGGACCUCAUAGGCGCUACACCAGACAACUUUGUCCCUUUCGUGGACUACAAGGAGCGAGCCCAGCAGUGGCGUUGGAUUGGAGUUGGUCGCGACUCGGAUGAAACUCUCCUGGAACUUUUCAAACUCUGGAAGUCAAACCGGAAGGAUUCAUCAACUGAACUCAACGACAGUGGUCAAGGAUCACCUCCGCCUCCUCGAAGUUGGACUUCGUUCGUGGUGCGAGCCACAUCAGAGGAGGAAAAGAACACGUUUAGAGAACAGGAAAAGAGACGAUUUGAGAACCCUCACAAAGCCUUUACAUAUAAAAUGCAUGGCUACGAGUCUGUGGUAGGACCUGUGAAGGGGGUCUACAGCAAGGAGAACGCCAUGAACAAAGCCAGGGAGCAUGCAUUGUUAAUCUCUAACAGGCCUUCCUUUGUCACCAUCCUCACUCUGGUUCGAGAUGCUGCUGCCCGAUUACCAAAUGGAGAAGGAACGCGUGGUGACAUUUGUGAGCUGCUGAAAGAUUCUCAGUUCUUAGCGCCUGGUGUAUCAGAUGCUCAGAUCAAUGUGGUGGUGAGUGGGGCUCUGGACAGACUCCACUCGGAGAAGGACCCCUGUGUCAAGUACGACGUCAACAGGAAGCUCUGGAUCUACCUCCACCGGAGCCGUGCAGAGGAUGAGUUUGAACGGAUUCACCAAGCACAUGCUGCGGCCCAAAAAGCCAGGAAAUCACUCCAGAAGCCCAAAGCUCAGAAAACACAAAAAGUGAAGGAGUUGACCAGCCAGACUCCAUCAACCCCCAGCCUGACCUCAGCCAGUAGUCCACGCCUCACUCAGUCCCUCAGUGCCAGUACAGAAAGUUUAAAUGCUCUAGACAGCAGUCAAACACCCUCCAGCCCUGUGGUUACAGGCAGUCCUACACCAAAGGGUACUCCAAGCAGCCCCGUGGUGGGACAGGUGAGUCCCCGAGCCGUAGGGAGUCCUCGGGCGACCUCCUCCCUGGUCACCGCCAUGAACAAGUCUGGGACUACAGCCAACCUCCUGUCUAGUGGGAGUGGCCUGCCAGCCAUGACCGGUGCCACAAUCAGGUUCCAGAUACAGCAGUUACAGCAGCAACAGCAGCAACAACAGCAGCAGUUACAGCAGGCAGGCAGCCUUCCUGGGACACCUACUAAAGGUUUGUCGCCAGGAAGCCACAGGUCGCCAUCUGUUAGUGUUUCUACAGCCUUACAACAGUCGCAGCCUGAUACACCGACUGGAGUCUCAAAGACGCUAAAUCUGCACAAUGUUCGAGCAUUGAUGGGCUCAAACCCCCAGGGCAGCUCUGCCUUGGCCCAGAAUUUGGGACAACAGAUCUGCCCAGAGCUCCUCUUGCACGGGUCACGGGGUGGGACUCCUAGUCACUCUCCAGCCCACACCCCUACCCAUUCCCAAACCCCAACCUUGGUCACCAAAAAGACCUCAACAGUAGCCACGACUGCCUCUGGACUCCAGACUAUGAUCGAUGCAAGCAAUGUCACAUCAACAGUGCCAUCCACUGGUGUUGGGGCACCUCUAGUGGCACGCCUCGUAGCCGGAAACCAGAUGGUUUCUGUCAGUAACUUGUUAGCGGCACAGAGGGCUCAAGCCCAAUCUCCUCGGAGUACUACCAUUAAAAUACAAGGCAGCAACAUGGUACACCAGGUAGCAGGAGGAAAACCUGUCCAGUUUACAGGAAAACCCCGAGGUCAGCUGGUGCAGAUAGGAGGCAAAGGUCAACAGCAGAUCCAGGGUCUGUUACAGACCCAGCAGGGGGCACUUCCAACCAUCAGCAUAAUAUCACAGGGCAGUGGAGGAGGGGUGAUGACCCUCGCCCAGCCCCGGACACCCACAGCUACCUCAGAGUCAUCAAUGGGAAGCCCUGCGACACACACGGUCACCACAAACUCACGCCUUACCAACCCCUCAGUGGUCAACACAGCCACACCUGUUGGCUCUCAGGCCAUGGUCCAGAUGGUCAGUCAGCCUAAAGUGGUCACUCCAGGGCAGGGCGGGAUUGUGGUUACUCAACUUCCCCAUGGCAGCAUCACUCUGCGUCCUGGGGCCAUGCCGGCAUCCUCACAGGCCAAGGUGGUCACUGCAGGUCAAGCUGGCCUCUUACCUCAGUUUAUAGUCCAGCAGUCGUCCGGAGGACUGACCAGUAACAAUGCAACAAUCACACAGAGUUUUUCCGGUGGGAAGCCACUCCAGAUCAUGAGUGGGGCAAGUCCGAAGCAAGGUCAGAACAUCCAGGUGGUGCGGACAGUGCUGGGCCAGCAGGGCGGACUCAAGCCUGGCCAGGCGACCAUCCUCAUCUCACAGCCCCAGAUCCCUGAUGGUCAGGCCACCCAGGCCACCGUGCUGCCCUCCGGACAGAUCAUACCCAACCCAGCCAAGGCUCAGGGCAAGGGUUCACAGAAGGGCAAGGGUCAAACGGGUGCUGUGUAUGCCCGUAUAAUAGCCCCUCCUCCUGGGCUGAAACUGGCUGGAGGACAGGGUAUUCCUGCCCAGGGUGUGGGAAUGUUGCAGACUGUUAACAAAUUAAACAUGGUUCAGGCGGCAGGUCGGGGGGCUGUUUCUAUGACACACGUCGGGGACUCCAGUCCACGCAUAUUGGCAGCUACUGCCUUAUCUACUAGCUCAACUGAAGUGCCCAACUCUGACGCCAAGUCAUGACACAGAUGAUUGUGUGUAGUCUGUUCAGUGUUCACCUUCUCAUCAUUAUUAGUUCAGUUUUAGAUUCACGUCUUUCUGUCAAUCAUGGAAUAUAUUAUUUAAAAUUUGUCCUAUUAUAUGCUGAAGGCAAUUAUUAGAAAGUUAUUACUAAUCAUGGUAUACAUUUUCUGAUGUUCCUGUAACCUUUGCAGCCCAUGAAUGCACACAGCAUAAUCAGUGUUGUAGCUAAUACAGUCAGGCAAAGAACACUUAGUGGGAGUAUUUUUCUCCAAAACUGAAGAGGUAUUCGCAUAUGAAAUUGACAUUUUUCAGAUGUAAAGGGAAGUAUUACAGAUAUUCAGUGAAAAAGCAGAAUUUUUUCUAGUUAUCAGGUACAUAAUGAGUUUAAUAUAAACAAGGUUUCAUUUUUUGUUUUUUCUAAUAUUUUGUGUAUUGUAAAACAAGUUCACAUCUAGGACAUAGAUUAUUAAGACUUUUGUGUUCACUUUCAGAAAGUGAAUGGUGCCUAAAGUAAAUGUAUCAUUAGUUGUUAUGAAACUUUGACAAAGUAAAAAUAACUCCUUCACCGAAAAUUCCUGGCCAUUUUAAUCGCACCUAAUUUCUAGCUGCCUUCACCUGAAUGCUUUAAUAGUUUAUUACUUGAUGUUCAAGGCCACGUCUGAUAAUAUUUGAAACUACCCAUCGGCAAUAAGUUCUACAAUACACACAAAAUCAAUUUCUUUUUUAAAUCUGCCUACUGAAAACGAAAUUAUUGGAAACAUACAAGUUUAGAUGAUAUUUUUUGUGUUUUCUCUUGACAUAAUGUAUUCUUAUUAAUUGAAUAAUCUAUAAUGAACACAUUAAAUUAUCGCAUUUCAAAUGCUUGGACCAGUUAGGAGACAAGAGUUGGCCAAAAUUUGAUUUUUUGGAAAACUGGCAAAGACCUCGAAGGCCUGCCUUGGCCAAGCUUUACAGGGUACAUGUACAAGCAGUCAUUCUGCAAAAACAAAACAAAAUCCUUCAUGCCUAUCAAUUAAUCUUCAAGUUUUUUUGUUGAUAUUAUUGAAAAUGAAAUACAUUGUACAUAUACUAUUGUAAACCUGGUUAUUCUACCACAGUUUCAAAUUUUAACGGAUUAGCUCCUUGAUGGAUCGGAGCGCUCAAAAUAUACAAAACCCUGCAUAGCAUCAUCGAAAUUGAGCAAAGUAAUUAAUGGCAAAAAAGUGCCUGAUUAAGAUCACUGCUAUAGUAUGUAUGUUUACAUUGUGUGAAUUCAUUUACAGUUUACACAGGCGGGAAAAAGUAAAAUAUUCUUGAGAAUAAAAAAAACUCAUUGGUGUAUCAGAUCAAUAUUUUGAUGGGCUGAUUGAACUAAUGGUUCAAAAAAUAAAUUGCGAUUUGAUACAAAUUGUGAUACAUUUAUUAAUUUUUAAGAUACAUCUGGCUUGGAGGGGGCCAUUAAAAUCCUUAAAACACUAUUUACAUAUAUAAUACUAUAUAUUUAGAAAUGUACUACAGCUGUAUGACAUUUUACGGAAGGAAGAGUUCUCUAAUAGGUCUGGGGAGGAACAUUUAGUAUGGGAACAACAUUGUCUUCUGAGAACUGCUUCAAAGGUACAUGGCCGUAUCCAAUCAUGAUCCUUCAAAUUAUUGAUGUACUAAUAUUAUAUAUUACGUACAUGGAAUACAAAUGCAUCUACGGUAUAGUGCUUUCUUUACCAUAUUUAUGCAAAGUGAUAUUUUUAUAUUGUAAAUGUGUUCUUGUACUGAGUAGACAAUCACAUCUAGACUAUUGAGUGUAUGUUCUUUGUACCCUGAUAUGUUGGGUUCCUUGUAAUUUUUGGUUCAAACAGUCAUGUACAAUAUUAUUCUGGAGUUGAUCAUUGAAAAAACUAACUACUAAAUUGAAACGAUUUUAAAAUGGGAUUGUUCAUAAAUUGGAUGGUUUAGUGUUGAUAGAACAAGAUUGUUAGGGUAUGUUGUGAAACUAUAUAGACCCGAUUCCAGCAUCCCAAUGACAGAAUCUAAAAUGGGUAUAGGUAAUCUCUCUUGGAUAGCAAUUCUGGUCAAAAAUAAAAAAAAAAAAAGUCAAAUUUGAUGUCUAGACAUAUUAAAUAUUUAGUUUGUGCUGUACUUAAUUGUUGUUACAAAUAUGUAUUUAAAUAUUGAAAUUUGAACAAUACACACAUCAGUAGUAUUGUAUGUUUAUAUAGAGUUACAGUCUUACUUCAACAACGUCACAGACUUUAUGACAAAAAUACAUGUUCAGAAAGAUGACCCUUUUUUUUUUUUUUUUUUAUUAUUUUGUGCAUCUAUUUCAAUUUUCUUUUUCCUGGAUAAAAAAAGGAUUGGACUUAAUUUUAAGUUAGCUCAGGCGAUAAUUUACAAUUCACUUGUCACAUUUAUAACAACGGUGAACACUAUUGUUGCUAAAUUUAUCUGACUACUAGUUCAAAGUCAAUAACACAUUAGUAAAAUGGGGGUCACAUUUUCAAAAUAAGCACUGUUGGAAAAUAUAACAGCAUUAUUUACACAUUUUGUAGAAAGGCGUCUUGACAAAUGUAGUAUAUUCUAGGUGUUUUUUGUGUGUGUAUAAUGUAGACACCAAAGCUUAUUUUUAAAUUCUUUCCUCUUUGCCUACAGUCCAUUGUUCAAAUAUGCCAUAUAUGGUAUAACCAGAUACAGGCAAUACUCUCUGCUGUUGAUUACAAAAUACAUGUCAUUUUAUAAGUACUCUGAAUCUCCCCUUUUCUCCAUACAAAUUGUGUAAUUUAAAAGUUUGACUGGAAAAUUUCACCUGUUUAACACAUUUUAUUUUGGCUUCAUUACUUCUAGAUUGAUUAAAUAAAAUUAACAAAAUCCAUUUUCAUUUAUAAAAAUAUGUGGGGUAAUGAGGAGAUUUAUUAGUUGGCAUGCAUAUCCCUUCCCCUAAAGCAUUGAUGUUUUGAUUUUUUGUAAAAGCAUUGAUGUUUUGAUUUUUUGUAAAGUUAUACCUUUCACUGUAUUAGAGCACAUCUAUGAUUGUAAAAAAAUAGUUUAAGGGGGGUUCAUUAUGCUGUCAGACUUGUAGGCUGGCAAAUAGGAAGACAGAUACCAAGUCAAAAGAAUAAUUCAAUCUUUCUGACAAAACGAAAGUGAAAGGUUGUAUUACCUUUUUAACAUCCAACCACACAAAAUAAUACAAAUUAAAAAGUAACCCAGUCACAGUAAGUAUUUUGUUUCGUACCAUGUGAAACUAAGAAUAAUUAGUGAAACAAAGUUUGAGAAAUUUAGCCCAGAA